CCGUCUCUACCAACCGCUGUCCGAUACCCGAUCGGUCAUUAGUCUGGAUGCUCACUCGCCUUUUCCCAACCGAGCCACCGUAAUUCCGGACAGUCGCUCCAGUACUAGAACUAAAAGUCGGCUAACGUGUUCAUGGCUGACGGCGUCAUUGCCAGGCUCAUGUCGGGUGGUCGUGGCAGUCGUGGCGCGCGCUCCUUCUAUGAAGAGUUGCGCGGCCGCGACAAUGCCUCUGAUGUUGACGAUCGUGCUGGGCUCUUGGAUGAAGAAAAUCUUAACCAGCAUUUUAAUGACUACGAUAUUGAAAAUGCACAAGGGCUAAGACUUGACGACAGUAGGGCCACUGUCGACGGCCGGAUCCCACGAGGCCGAGCCCAAAUGUCCGGCCGUCCACCACGUCCAGAUGCUACCACACAUUGGGGUGCCAACCACGAUGACGACGCUGACAAUGACGUACCCGCCUCCCUGCUUGUUGAACAUUAUGACAGGGGAGCUGCUCCCUUGGGGUCGCCGGGGAAGCUGAGAAGCCAGCAUGCAGGAUCGCGUGCACAUCCUGCUCCAGGAUUGUCCAAGGGCCGUACGCAUCAGCAAAGGCCACACGCCGACCAAGAUGUUCAGCUCCCGCUGCAUAGCAAUGCCGCGCCUAGCUCCAUUUUAACCGGUGCUAUAACAGGCAACGCUAAGAAGAUGGCCGAAUGGAGAUGGGCUAAUAUUACCAACCUUGACAGCUUCAUGCAAGACGUUUACAACUACUACCGGGGGAGUGGGAUGUGGUGUAUUGUGGUCGAAAGGGUGCUUCACCUGAUCAAAGUCGCCUUUGUAGCUUUCCUCUUGACAUUUCUCUCCCAGUGCGUUGACUUUAAGAAGAUUCCGAGCAACCAGAAGCUGUCUCAAGUCCUCGUUCCUCAGUGCACUCGGAAUAUGUCUGGGUUAUGGAACAUUGGUCUUUGGCUCUUUGCCUUCUAUUUCAUGUGGAAAUCAAUACAGUACAUCCUCGACUUGCGCCGGCUGACGCAUGUUCGGGACUUUUACAUCCAUCUGCUCAACAUUCCCGAUGAAGAUAUGCAGACCAUCACAUGGCAGGAAGUUGUAGCCAGGAUAAUGGUGCUCCGGGAUCAGAACGUAAGGACGACUAGGACCAUGACGCCGCAAAAUCAGCGCUGGGUCCUUGGUAGCCAAUCCAAGGAGAGGCUGGACGCUUCCGACAUUGCGAAUCGACUGAUGAGACGAGAGAACUACAUGAUUGCCAUGAUAAACAAGGAUAUACUCGACUUGACGAUCCCUUUGCCGAUUCUUCGCAACCGUCAGCUUCUUUCACAGACGCUCGAAUGGACUUUGAUGUUCAGCAUUCUCGACUUUGUCUUUGACCCCAAGGGUCAAGUAAACCAGGAAUUUCUCAGGUCCGACCGCAGGGGCGUCCUCAGCGCCAAACUUCGGAGCCGGUUCAUCUUCGCAGGUGUUAUGAUCCUCAUACUGUCGCCUUUCGUGGCAGGCUACCUCAUCAUCGUGUAUUUCUUGGAAUACUACAAUGAAAUUCAAAAGAACCCGUCGAUAUUGUCUGCGCGAAGCUACACACCUCUUGCGGAAUGGAAGUUUAGAGAGUUCAACGAGCUUCCUCACCUGUUUAAGAGACGACUGGACAUGUCUCACCCCUUUGCCAGCCACUACAUCGAUCAGUUUCCCAAAGCCAAGACGUCAAUGGUGGCCAAGACUGUGUCCUUUAUAGCCGGCUCGAUUGCUACGGUCCUUGCUUUGAUAUCUGUUUUCGACCCGGAAAUGUUCCUCGGCUUCGAAAUCACGCACGAUCGCACCGUGCUCUUUUAUACGGCUGUUUUUGGAGCUAUAUGGAGUGUAGCUCGCGGGAGUGUGUCCGAGGAUAACGCGGUAUUCGAUCCCGAGUACGCGCUUGGCAAUGUGGUGGAAUAUACGCAUUACCAGCCGGAGCACUGGAAAGAUCGGUGGCAUAGUGCUGACGUGAAGGCCGAGUUCGAGGAGCUUUACAAGUUGAAACUGGUCAUCUUUGUUGAAGAGAUUCUCAGCAUCUUGACAACUCCCUUUGUCCUGUUUUUCAGCCUUCCCAAGUCAGCCGAUCAGAUUAUAGACUUCUUCCGUGAAUUCACGAUUCACGUGGACGGUCUUGGCUACGUGUGCUACUUUGCCGAGUUUGACUUUAAACAAGGCUCCAAAAAUCCAACGCCGGCGGCGGCGACCACAGGCGAAGGAGAUGUACGAGAUGACUAUUACUCUACAAAGCAUGGCAAGAUGGAGGCGUCCAUGUAUGGAUUUAUCAACAAUUAUGCUCGAAACCCAAAACACAUCCCGCCUGCGAUGCGCCAACAGUUUCACUUACCGCCGGUCUUCCCCGGCAUAACUUCGCCAACGUUGGCAGGUGAUUUGGCAGCUUCACGGAUGGGCCGCAGCCAGCGAGCAAGGAGUAAAGGUCCCGUCCCUUCGCGUACACCGCGACCUGGGACGGUAGUUGCAGAGCCUUCGCCUAUGGCAUCCAUCCUCUUGGAUCCGCGCCAUCAGCCAAUCCUCCCGAACAACAUGAGCUUUGUCAAGUUCCGAGGGGGUAAUCAGGGUGAGGGUCACAUGAUGGGAGGAUCGAUGGAGGAGGAUGGUAAAGGUGCUGCACGCAACGGUCAGCAAACGCACGACGACGAGUCGGAAGACAGCAGGGCAGGGCUGGAUGAAUCAGCAUGGCAGGUAUCGCCAACCAACGAUUUAAGCAGAGAGAACAGCGGGCGGGGCCUGGACUCGGUUGUUGGUGAGGAAGCGGGAAAUGGGGCUGGGGUGGUACACAUGCUCUACCAGUUCAACCAGGCGCAUUUGAAUAGGAGGCUUGGGGGUGUGAGAUGAAACGAUCAAGACUCAGGUCGCGGGCCGGGGAAUUGGAUAGAGAAAAGAGGAGGAAUCACGAAACGAACAU